AUGCGCCCGCUCACGGAGUCCGAGACUCAAACCCUCUUCUCGAAGCUCGCCAAUUACACCGGUCGUUCUCUCAACCACCUCAUUGCGCCUCCCACCUCAUCCGGCGACGAGUCUGCAGACGAUCGCCAUGUCUUCAGACUGCACGGUUCCAGGGUCUAUUACCUUCGUCUCUCCGUCGCCAACCUUGCCACAUCCAUCGCGAGACCAAACCUGUUGUCGAUAGCACUGGACGUGAUAGCACCACAUGCCAGAUAUAAGCUGUGGAUUAAGCCCAAUGGAGAAAUGCCGUUCCUAUACGGUGGAAAUAUCGUCAAGGCGCAUGUUGGCAGAUGGAGUGAGGAUUGCCCUGAGCAUCAAGGAGUCGUUGUGCUGUCAAUGGAUGAUACGCCACUUGGUUUUGGAGUCACUGCUCGAUCAACGAUGGAGGCUCGAAAGUUAGACCCAACUGGAGUUGUGGCAUUUAGGCAAGGAGACAUAGGAGAAUAUCUACGAGAGGAGGAUACCCUUUUCACUACUUAA